AUGUUUUCCUGCUCCAGGAUCUCAGGUGGGUUUAGAGCUGGACAGGGCAUUGUAUGUUUAAUUUCUCCUGUGCCCUGAUUCUGCAUCUAGUUAAUGACUAACGGUGGCUUAUUCAUUUAAUAUCCCCUUGGAUGUACAGAGCAGCAGAGGUUCAAUGUAAACUGAACUUUCCCCGCUGGCACAAGAUCAUGAGAUUCAAAAUGUUAAUAUUCCCUAGGUCUGCCAGGGAUUAUACUGAAUAUGCCCCCUUGCCCAGCAGGGGUUACUUUUAUUGAGGCAAUAAUCGUGCUUAAUUCAGUUGCUUGGUUUAAGUAACAAGCUUGUUAUCUGCCAUUAUUGAUUAACCUUUGUAGUCAUUGUUUUACAAUAUUAGCAAACAAGGUUAGUGCCAACGUCUCCAGCAGAAAGAAUGGUCAGUCCAGAUCCCGGAUCUUAUAACAUCUUCUGCAGGAAGUAAUGGGUUAAACAUAGAAGGUUGGAUGAAGACCAGUUAUUAAAGCUCCAACUAUAUAAAGCACUUUAGCUUGCUGAAAUACUGUUUGUUUUUUAUUGCCAAUCACUUUUUUUAUUGAGCCAUGUGCCCAACAAUAGAAUAUAAAAACACACAAUUAAAGGACCACUCUAGGCACCCAGACCACUUCAGCUUAAUGAAGUGGUCUGGGUGCCUGGUCCAGCUAGGGUUAACCCAUUUUUUAAUAAACAUAGUUUCAGAGAAACUGCUAUGUUUAUUAAUGGGUUAAGCCUUCCCCCUAUUCCCUCUAGUGGCCGUCUCACUGACAGCCACUAGAGGCGCUUGCGUGCUUCUCACUGUGAUUUUCACAGUGAGAGCACGCAAGCGUCCAUAGGAAAGCAUUGUAAAUGCUUUCCUAUGCGACGGGCUGAAUGCGCGCGCAGCUAUUGCAGCGCGUGCGCAUUCAGCCCAGGAGGAGGAUCGGAGGAGGAGAGGAGGCAGAGAGCUCCCCGCCCACCGCUGGAAAAAGGUAAGUUUUUAACCCUUUCCUCUCCCCAGAGCCGGGCGGGAGGGGGUCCCUGAGGGUGGGGGCACCCUCAGGGCACUAUAGUGCCAGGAAAACGAGUAUGUUUUCCUGGCACUAUAGUGGUCCUUUAAGUCAGCGCUUAAUAACAGAAAAUAAACAACAGGACAGCAACGCUGCUGUUUAUUGGAAUAGGAAGUGGCAAGUUUUUAGUGAGAUAUCACACCUAACAGGGGCAGUUUGCCUUGUCUUCUAUGCACAUGCAGAGACUCCAUCUGCUAUGAAUGACCCUCACCAUAUCCCAUAAGUAGGGAUUGUACCACUGUAUGAGAUAUACACUAAAGCUGGUCAUAGCUCUGUUACAUGUGAGUGAAUAUCAUUAUUAGUCACAUGCGGUCACACUAAGCCUUGACAUAUUGCACUAUAAGGUUUGCCUUGUCUUCUUCUAUCGACAUACGGAGACCAAAGACACUCAGAUCUACCAGAUCCCCCAAGCAUAAAGAACCUAACAGCUGCAUUUAUCUCCUGAUAAAAAAUUUUUAUAGGUGACAAAUUUGCAUUGGUGGAACAAGACUAUUUAGUAGUACCUGUCCUUUUCUGUGGCACAGCCCUUCUCUCUCUCUGUCAACAAUAGAGUAUGCCAAUUCUACAGUGAAUACAAGGCAACUGUGAGAAGCACGAAAACAAAUGUCAAAAAAAGCUAACCUCAUUUUAGAAUACUAUAACACUGAGUGGUACUAACUGGAACAGACUGGAGGUAUGGUGGUUGAGGCUUCAUACCAGAAUGUUACAAAAUGCGCAAGCAGUUUACGCAAUACAAAGUCCAAUAAUAAUAAUAAUAAUAAUAAUAAUAAUAUUUGGGGGUGGGUAAAUGCAAUAAACGGAGAAUAACUAGUGAUGGAGCAGAGUAUACAGGGCUAGGUGCUAGACACACAACAGAAAUAUACACGGUAUAGCACUCAUAUUUAAUAGAGCUAUAAAUCAGCUCUGAGUAAAAGAGCAUACAGCGGUACAAUCCCCACUGAUAGAUACGUAGCUCUAGGGGUCAAUCUCCUUGGCUACAGAAGAAUAUACCAAAAAAAAGGUUUAAAAAAAAAAAUUAUAUAUAUAUUUUUAUAUUCAUUCAUAUAUUCAUGACCUGAUCCUGAUGAAAGUCCCAAAUGUGGACUGAAACGUCAGUCAUUUUUUAACAUGGAAUAUUAUCAACUUUUGAAAAAAAAAAAAUUAGUGCUGAUAGAUAGAUAUAGAUAUAUAUAUAUAUAUAGAUAUAAAAAAUUAUCUUCUCCAGGGUAGUCAUGUCAGGUAAGUACAUAACAUAUAGGUGUGCCAGGAACUAAAAAAAAAAAAAAAAAACUUAAAAGCAUAAAAUGUUUAAUAAACAAAAUAAGUGAAAGCUAAAUAUACUUUGAUGCUGAAAACAAAUAUUUAAAAAAAAACAAACAAAAAAAAAAAAAACACACUUGUAUUGACAACUGGAGGUGUAAACAGCAAGAGCCUGGCCUAUAAGGUUUUAUAUAGGGUAUUGGCGAAUUCAAAUCAGACAAAUUGGCACUAAAAUUAUGUCAUUAUCUUUAAUAAAUAUCUGAAGAUCUAAAAAGUUAGUUUCAAGUGUAUUGAAUUCUGGUGAGAAUAAUGCCAUUGUUACUGGUGUUAACGUGGUUUUUAAAAAAAAGGUUGAAGAUUUUCUGCUGUUCUGUUCCAAUAAUAAAUAGAUUGUCAAUAUAUCAAUAGUAGGAGACCAGGUUCAAACGUCAAACAUGCUAACCCCACACGGAGAGAUAUAGAAGCUGACAAUAGGUCACCCAGGUGGGUUUUGUUAAUUUCACGUUUUUCUUCCAAUGGAGAUACUGACAAAACCUACUGGCUUAAACAACAGCUUUAAUAUCAGGUUUCAUAACGGAGUAUACUGCAACAUUGUAAGAUAAAGAAUCCACUGGGAGCUUAGCAGACAAGAGAGACAAAGUAUAAAUUGAGAAGAGAAAAAAAAUAUAUCAUGUAGACCCAUCAUCCAACACCAGGGUAGGGGCUCAGCCUAUGCUAUCCAAGCAGGAUAUACUACAGCGGUAAGGUAGGAGUUCCAUAAAUCUCAAUUGGUCUCCCCACCCACCCACUUUGGAUUUUUUUCCAGAUAUUCAAUAUUUGCCAAAGCCUUACCAUUCAUACAUCAGUUCUCUACAAUUAGAAAUGUAAUGAAUACAGUUGUAACCUAUGGAUAGGGACAUGGGUGCAGCAAAUGUCAGAAUAAGCUCUUAUUGGGUAGACAACUUGCAUUCACAGAUGAAGGGUGUUCACUUCUAUAUAUUGUUUUUUCUAGGAAUGGAUGUCAAUGCCUAUCUCCACCGCAUUGGUAUUACAGCUACAACAGCGCCCUCUGUGGUAGCCUUGCGCGAGUUACACCGCCAGCACUUGCUAUCUAUUCCUUUCGAGAGCCUCAGUAUCCACUGCGGUGAGAAGAUUAUUCUGGACCAUGGUCUUCUGUAUGAAAAACUUGUAGUGAAAAGACGUGGGGGCUUCUGUUAUGAAAACAAUGGCCUUUUCCUUUGGGUGCUUCAAGUAUUGGGCUACAAGCCACGUGUGCUGUCCGCCAGAGUAAAGAACAGAUUUACGGGUGUGUAUGGCCCUCCAUUCGAUCACAUGAUUCUGACAGUAGAACUUGAGGGAAGGCAGUGGCUUUGUGAUGUAGGAUUUGGAGAAGGGAUCAGGGAACCUUUACCUUUAGAAGCAGGAUGGGAAGAGGAGCAGGAUAAUCUGGUGUACCGGCUACGAGAGGACAUGGGGGAAUGGUUCUUGGAAAAAAAGAAAGAUGGCAAUUGGAGUUCACUUUAUAAGUUUACUCUAGAAACAAAGCACUUUGAAGAAUUUAAAGAAAUGUGUGAAUAUCAUCAGAUGUCCCCCAGCUCCAUCUUUUUCUGCAAGUCUUUUUGCUCUUUCCAGCUGCCCCGGGGAAGGCUAACCUACAUGGGACACAGACUGAUCCAAACAGAGUUUACAGAAAAUGGUGAGGUGGUGAAGACUACGCAACAGCUCAAGGACAAUGAAAUCCUUGAUGUUCUCAAAGACCAGUUUGGGAUUGUCUUAAGCAGAAAGUUUGUCCCAAAAGAUGAAGAAAUAUUACCCCCAACAUUUGAUUAA